UGUGAAGCUCUUACGGCCCUUGCGGCUCUUACACGAGCUCUGGCCCUGAUCCAAAAAGGAUAAGCCUGGAUAAGCCCAUCCAAAGCUGCCGCCGCCCGCCGCCACUCGUUACGAAUAUGUCGUUAUCUGGUCGUUAUCCAUCCCGCAAUCCAUCCGACCUCGCAUACUUGCUUGAAUACAACACAUGAAUACAAUCACAUGAUACAGCCGAUACAACCCACCACAGCAACCAGUGAUGGAGAAGGAUAUCUUGAAGUCAUACAUAGAAAAUUUUUAUGCGGAGGGCAUGGUGUCGAUACCAAACUUUCUUCCAGAGAGUGAUGUCACUGAGAUGAAGCAAGAGUGUGCAAGACUUGUAGAUCAAAUUAAUUGGAGCGAGAAUCCAACAUUCUUUAAGACAACGGGAGACCAGGCUCGAAACGAAUAUUUUUUAAAUUCUGGAGACAAAAUACGCUACUUCUUUGAGGAGGAAGCAUUUGACAGCGAAGGGAACCUUGUAGUCAGUAAGGAUGCAUGCCUCAACAAAGUAGGACACGCGCUGCACUGGCUGAGGCCUGCCUUCAGACGGGUAUCCUUCAGCGAAAAAGUGAAGGAACUUGUUAGACUCAUUGGAUUCAUAGACCCAGUUAUUGUGCAAAGCAUGUUCAUCUUCAAGAAUCCAGGCAUCGGUGGCACAGUGACGCCCCAUCAAGAUGCCACUUUCCUUCACACAGAGCCAAGGAAGCUGAUUGGUCUGUGGUUUCCUCUGGAGGAUGCGACAUUGGAAAAUGGUUGCCUGUGGUAUAUUCCAAAAUCUCACCUUAAUGAUGAAAUAUCACGAAGGUUUGUAAGAAACCCAGAAAAGUGUGGACCUCUUCUGAAGUUUGUCGGACAGAAAGAUGACUACAGCAAUAGAGGAACCUUCAUGCCACUUCCUACACCAAAAGGAUCCUGCGUUGUGAUCCACGGAAAUGUUGUUCACAAGAGCGAGAAGAACACAUCCCAGCAUCCAAGACCUGCAUACACGUUCCACAUUAUUGACAGGCACUGUUCUGUCUACAGCCCUGAAAACUGGUUACAGCCAACAGAGGACCUCCCAUUUCCGUCUCUUUACAAUAAUGAGUAAGAUUUAUAAGCUCGGUUUGUUAGGAGAAGGCUGUUACCAGAGUGCAUAUAUGUAGUUGUUAAGUCUCUGCUUUAUUACAAUUUCAUUUACUGAGGGUGCAUUUGAAAAAUAAACCUUACCUCACUGCUUCAUUCAA